AAACUUUUUAUUCAUCCCAUAUAUGUAAUGAAAAAACAAAGCAUCAUGGUAUAACUCAUGCAAAAGUAAAAGUUGCUAUUGAGCUUGAAUUAAGGGAAGAGAGGCUAAGGGAGGCUUCUGCGCAUGGUGAUUGUAAUACCGUGCAGACGAGAAAGGCUUUAUAUUUCGCUUGUGCUGGUGGACAUAAUGAUUGUGUUAAACUAUUAAUUGAACAUGGCGCAAAUGUUAAUGCGGAAGCAGACAUUGCCGGAAAUAGACCUUUACAUUUGG